AUGCUAUCUGUUGUAUCAUAUAGAGAGUAUUAUGAAUAUGUUGGAUUACAUCAUAUUAAAACCAAUGAAACUCCAGCUGAGUGGAAAGAAAGAAUCUGGAAAAGAUUAGAAUAUUUUAGAAAACAACGUUUCCAUGUUUAUUUUGAAGAACAUGCUUUCUAUGGUAGUAAAUUAAAAAUUAUUGAUGGGAGUACGAUAUAUCAGGAAUGUGGUAUAGCCAUAUGUUUCUCGUGUGAUCAGCUUGUAUAUCUUGGAUUUAGAAGAAAAAAAGAAUACAUUGAUUUCAGAGAAGCAUGCCAGGGAAUGUGCCAACAUUGGGCUACACACUGUACUGGAAAUUCAUUCAAUACUCUGAAUUUUAGUGACUGUAUGGAAAUACAAAAAAGAAUAUCCCAUGAAGAAUGGAAAAUGGUUUACAACAAUAUUCUAAAUGUGACGAAAGAAUAUAAUAAAUUCAAAUUUCGUCGUGAGAUACCAUAUAUCCUUAUAUGUGAUAAUGAAUUUAUAAGAAAUGAGUAUGGCAUCUUUGCUGGAGAUAUCUUAUAUAGAUAUCUAUUAUGGUUAGAAAACGCUAAAAGAAGAAUUAAACGUAUUCUGUACUCCAACUUGUGA